AUGAACGCGGGGAGAAAAAAUAAACAAGUUCGAGGUUCAGAUGAUUAUAAUUCUUCCAAGAAGCAGAAAUCCGAAUCUGGACCAUCAAAGAGGCGAAAAAAUAAAACUUCAGAUUUAAAUUUUGAAGAUGAUAAUUUUAUAUUAGAUGAUCUGGAUACUAAAAGCGAUGAUUACGAAGACUUAGGCGAUUUAGUCAGUAAGAUCGGUUCCAAAUUUGAAAAAUCAUUAUUUGAAAAACAAAAGGCUACAGACCAGCUUGCUGAAAGUAUAUUGAAAAUUGGAACAGAUCUUAUUGAGAAUGUGUUAAAGGAACAAAGUGAAAAGAGAACAUUCUUAGAAAAUGAAUUCAUAGCUAACAUUAAAACUAUGUUAAAAAAACUUGAUGCUGAAAUGAAAUUAGCAGCAACAAAUGAAGAAAAAUUGAGGAAAGCUUUGCAACAGCACAUGAAUUAUUCUCAGCAAAAGCUUGUGAUGUUGAAUAAAUUACAUCAGGAUAUCUUCGAACUAUUUGCAAAAUAUUGUGAUUCAGAUGAUGAAAUUAACAAAGCUCAGCAAGAGGAAUUAGAAGCAGCAAAAGCUGAGUCAAUUUCAAAAAUGAAUAAAGAGAAGCAGCAAUAUAUUAAAGACCUUAGCGAUGACAACAUGGCAAAUGUGAAAAAGACAAUUCUGAAGUUAUUUAAAUAA